GCUCGUAUAAAUUGCGCGCUUAGGACACGGCAAAGCAAGCCUCCCACUCCACGCCGAACCCAACGGUCAUAUUCCCCUCGGCCUCCCUCGCGCCGCCUCGCAUCGCAUCUCUGCGGCUUUGCUUCCCCGCUUCCUUCUCCGCAGCGGACGGGGAAGCGCCGGAGGCUUCGGCGGCGGCGGGGGAAAGCAGCGGGGCAGUCCUCGCCUAGCACGUAUUGCCCAGUCUCUGGCCAUCGCUCCAGUGCGUGAAGUGAAUAAACUGAGAUGUCGAUACCAAUGUAUAAGAAGCAAAACUCAAUAGGCACUCCUGUCCAUAAGACAAACCCCUUCGAUUCCGACUCUGAUUCUGAAGUUCCCUCAAGACCAUCAAGGGCACAGUCUGUCCCCGUGCAACGCACCGAUCGAUCUGUGCAAGAGUUAGAAGACUAUGCUGUAACCAAAGCGGAAGAAACCUCACAUAAAGUAAACGAUUGUGUCAGGGCUGCUGAAGCUAUCAGGGAGGAUGCUACACAAAUCCUCCUGACUUUGCACCGUCAAGGUGAACAGAUUGUGCAGUCUCAUCAUGUAGCAGCUGACAUUGAGUGCGACCUCAGUGUGAGUGAAAAGCUUUUGGGAAGUCUGGGGGGCCUAUUUUCCAAGACAUGGAGGCCAAAGAGAAAUCAACCAAUAAAAGGACCAAUUUCAGAAAAUAAUUCUUUCAGCAGUACAGCAAACCACAUGGAACAGAGGCGGAGGCUAGGAAUUGCUCCAACACGUCAAGAAUGCCCCAGUCCUGUACGUCAUUCGCCUGCAGCUGCAAUGGAAAAAGUUCAGGCUGAGAAAGCAAAGCAGGAUGAUGCACUUUCGGACUUGAGUAACAUGUUGGGACAGCUGAAGGACAUGGCACUCGAUAUGGGCACAGAAAUUGGAAGGCAAAACAAAGCUCUGGAUACUUUCGGUGACGAUGUCGAUGAGCUGAACUUCAGAGUGAAAGGGGCGAAUCAACGGGGACGCCGGUUGCUGGGCAAGUGAUACCGAAAAACUAAGAUUCAUGCCGUGGAACCACUACUGCAAUGCUUUCAACAGCCCCAAAGCCUUCCAGAGCAUGUUCCUGCAGCUAGGAGGCCUACCACGUUCGGAAGAUUACUAAGAAUGUUGUUGUUUAGUUGUUGUAGAGCAAAUAGUAAGAUCCUUGUGCUGUUAUCUCUGAAGAAAAUAUCCAAACUCAAGUGCUGUAUAACAACUAGGUCAAUACUGAUUGAGUGAAAGGAAAUAAGAAGUAGUAUUUGACAAGACGA